AUGUGGCAGAGUAUUCAGCCUCACCAAAAACAAGCUGACAAUGGUGCAGAAGGUGAUGCUGACACCAAUUUGGAUGAAGACCAUGUUGCCGAUGUUGAUGAACAGCCUGGUGAUGAAGUCCCAUUGUCACUCCUGCUGGAGUUCAUCGCAUCAGGCAAGGAUUGUGUACCUGACGGGUACAUCACUGAUGCAAAUGGGUCACUUCACAUUGAUACAGCUGCUGACAUGUUCGAAGAAGUUGUUGUCACUGGGGAACCUGAGGUCUUCGGGAGAGGAAAGCAGAGUGGCCAACAUGAGAAGGCUGCGAGGCUGAAGGGCAGGGCAUUCCAUACUUUUGUUAAGAAUUUGCACAUGGUACAGCCUGUCCUACUGUCCAAAAUUCAGAGUCUGCCAAAUGGAGUGUUACAUAAAUUCAGCCAGACUCCAAACCAGUCGGCAGUGGCGCGAGGUGUGACAGAGCUGAAGAUCACGUCUGCUUGUCACCAAGCCGAGUCUGCCAUAGCGGAGUUUCAGAUCACUAUUGGUGCACCCGGUGCUGGAUUUUCUGCAUUGUGCAAAGCAUUGCACAAGUGUUGCACACAUUAA